UCAAAGCGGCUCAGUUCAUCUGUUACUGUUAAAAACUUGUUGGACUGGAAACAAGCUCUUACUUUUUUUAAAAAAAAUUUCGCUCCUGUUCCCCCCCUCUUUUUUAAAAAAAAAACACUGCCUUUUGUUUAAGACAAAUGAGGCGAGAAAAACCGGGGAAAAGCAGCAGAAGAAGAAGCGUCGCGCGGCUCCCCAUCAGCUCCGCUCUUCACCUUCACUUGGACCGUUCUGUGAGCGCUCGCGUAUCCCAGCCGGCCAGGAGUACCGGUCAUGGCUGCCCAUCGAAUCAUCAGAGUGACUAACAACAACCACAUCCUGCCUCGAUGUAAAUCUGAGGGGACACUUAUCGACCUCAGUGAAGGGGUGUCUGGGGCCAGUCUCAGCGAUGUCAAAGUGCCUUCUCCCAGUGCCUUAAGGCUGGACACUUCAGCCUCUUAUGGAACUGCACAGGAAGUGGUUGCCAUAAAGGAUUAUUGCCCAAACAGCUUUACCACUCUGAAAUUCUCCAAGGGUGAUCGUCUCUAUGUGCUGGACACAUCAGGGGGAGAAUGGUGGUAUGCCCACAACAACACGGAAAUGGGAUACAUCCCAGCCGCCUAUGUUCAGCCGGUCAGCUUCAGGAACUCUUCCCUCAGCGACAGUGGGAUGAUUGACAGUGCUGGGGAGGGGUACGAGGAUGGGUCAAAGGAGUCUGGAGGUCUUGGGGAGUGGACAGCAGUGAGCCUGAGGCCAUCCCCAAUUUACAACAAUAGCCACUUUUCUGCAAACCCCUUUAUCUGUCCUUUAGAUCAAAACUACAAAGAUGCGGGUGUGAGACACUCAGCAGAUCUCAUUCUCUUUGACGCUCUGGCAUCACCAUCAACAUGCUCUACCUUUAGUACUAGUACAAUAAUGAACAAUGGGUUUAACAGCUACAGUUUUAACAAUACCAACCCCAUCAGCCCAAGCCAAGAGGUUACACCUAACCUCCACAGGGAUAAUCCAUUUUUCAGGAGUAAACGUUCCCACAGUCUGUCAGAACUUUCUGUCCUGCAGGCGCAAUCAAAUCCAACCUUACCUUCUUCUGGAUUCUUCACGGGCCUUAAGGCUCCUUCACCGGAGCAGUUUCAGAGCAGGGAGGACUUCAGGACUGCAUGGCUGAACCACAGAAAGCUAGCCAGGUCUUGCCAUGACCUUGACUCCCUGGGUCAGAGUCCAGGAUGGGGCCAGACACAGCCAGUCGAGACCAACAUCGUGUGCAGGUUGGACUGUAACGGAGGGGUUGUUCAGCUUCCAGACACCCAGAUAAGCGUGCACAUCCCUGAGGGCCACGUUAGCCACGGAGACCACCAGCAGAUCUCCAUGAAAGCCUUACUAGACCCUCCUCUGGAACUAAAUAAUGACCACUGCUCCACCAUAAGCCCUGUGGUAGAACUCAAGCUCAGCAACAUGGAGACGAAGUCUUUCAUCACACUGGAGAUGAAGGUGUUAGUAACUGUGAAGAAAGAGAGCUGUCACACUGCUGAAGUGGUUUGUGUUCGAAGUGAUUUUAAAGAAGGGCCUUACAUGCCGAUUCCUAAUGCUUACAUAUACAAGGAUACAGUGCAGGUGCAGCUAGAUAGUCUCGAGCCCUGCAUAUAUGUGGCUGUUGUGGUUCAGGCGCAAUACCUCAACCACAACACAACUGUUUGGGACCAUGUGCAAAAGAAAGUAACUUUGGGCGUAUAUGGACCCAAGCACAUUCAUCCAUCCUUCAAGACAGUUGUGGCUAUGUUUGGGCAUGACUGUGCUCCCAAAACUUUGUUGGUAAAUGAAGUGGGCCGGCAAACUAAUUCUACUCCACCAGUGGCCCUCCAACUGUGGGGGAAGCACCAGUUUGUGUUGGGAUACCCCCAGGACCUCCAGGUUGGGUUGUACUCCAACAUGUCCAACUACCAGGUGAAGGCGAGUGAGGGUGCUGGUGUGAUUCGUGGAUUUCAGGUAAAACUGGGAAAGGUGAGCAGGCUAAUGUACAUGAUCACAUCGCACAACCCCAGCAGCAUCUCAGACUUCACUCUCAGGGUCCAGAUCAAAGAUGCCCUUGAUUGUAUCCUUACUCAGUUCUGUGUCCAAACCCCACAGCCACCACCAAAGACCGGAGCAAGGAUUACAGGCCAGAGGAGGUUCUUGAAAAAGAAAGAGGUGGAUAAGAUUGUCCUCUCACCAUUAGCGGUCACUUCAAAAUAUCCAAAGUUCCAGGACCGGUGCAUUACAAACCUAAAAUUUGGGAAGUUGAUAAAAACAGUGAUCAGGCAGCACAAGAGUACUUAUCUGUUGGAGUACAAGAAGGGGGAUGUUAUUGCUUUGCUCAGUGAGGAGAAAAUCAAACUUCGAGGGCAGCUGCGGACCAAAGAGUGGUACAUUGGAUAUUAUCAAGGGAAGAUGGGACUUGUUCACGCCAAAAACGUUUUGGUUCUGGGUAAGGUCAAGCCCAUUUAUUGGUGUGGGCCGGACCUAACAACCACGAUGCUACUGGAGCAGAUCCUGAAGCCUUGCAAAUUUCUUACUUAUAUUUACGCAACCGUGAGGACAGUUUUAAUGGAGAACCUGGGUAGCUGGAGGGCGUUUGCUGAUGCACUCGGGUAUGGGAAUUUGCCAUUGAAUUAUUUCUGUCGGACCGAGCUGGACAAUGAACCGGAGAAGGUGGCAUCAGUUCUGGAGAAACUCAAAGAAGAGUGCACCAACAUGGAGAAUAAGGAGAGAAAGUCCUUCCAACGGGAGCUCAUGAUGGCAUUGCUGAAGAUGGACUGCCAGGGUCUGGUUGCCAGGUUGGUCCUGGAUUUUGUCUUGUUGACUACAGCAGUGGAGGUGGCGUCUCGGUGGAGGGAACUGGCCGAGAAACUGGCCCGAGUCUCCAAGCAGCAAAUGGAGGCUUAUGAGGCUCCACAUCGAGACAAGAAUGAUCUACUGGAUAAUGAGUCUAUGUGGAAACCAGCCUAUGACUUCUUGCUGACUUGGGCUGCCCAUGUUGGGGACAGCUACCGAGACGUGAUCCAGGAGCUCCAUCUUGGCCUGGAUAAGAUGAGGAACCCCAUCACCAAGAGGUGGAAACACCUUACCGGCACACUUAUACUUGUCAACUGUCUCGACACCCUCCGCAGUGCGGCUUUCUGUCCUACAGGAUAUGGAGAUUUUGCUGUUUGAAAACAGAAGAUUUGAUGGCUGGUAGAAUUACUGAAACUCAGUUCUGAGAUUUCCCUCUGGAGUUUCGUUGACUCGUGGGCAGAAGGUGGUGACAGCGUGGUGCUCACUACAUGUCUGGAAUGGAUAUGAAAGAUUAUCCCGUGUAGUUGUAGAGCAGUGUGAAGAAUCUUGAGGCUUUCCUAAGCCAGGUCUGACAUGCACAUUCUGCUCACUCGUUUGGACUCUAGCAUCCGCAUCAUGGCAGCGCUGAUUGGUUGUUGAUUGAUUAAACAGCAGAAAUAGUAAUGCCGCUUUCUGAAUCUGGAUCUUUGUGUUUUUAAGCAUCAUGUUGUCUCUUUCUAUACCUUUCUUGUGCUCUCUACCUCUUAUGUUGUUUCUGCUUUCCUUUCUCUAUGCUUUUCUCUAUCUCUUUUCUACCUCACACUUUGUCCUCUUUACCACCUUUUGACAGCUUUAAGUAUUACAUGCUGUUUUUUUUUUCCAGCUUUCCCUUUUGCUUCAGUAAAUGGCAUUUUCAGGCUUCUGUCCUCGUUCUUUUUGUUACUGUAUAUUAACUUGCUUUACCCUCAGGACAACAUGACUCCUCAGACACUGCAGUACUGUGACAUUUCAGACUACUUAAAUGUUGAUCUGACCUUCAUACAGAACUGAGUAUGCUUAUGAUCUUAACUUUCAUACAGACACAGAUUUUCCCUCCAUUUGAGAUGGGCAGUUUUUAUUAUUUGACUGCAUUUCACAGGCAUUUUUAUAUAUACAUAUAUAUAAAAGAAACAAAAAGAAGAAAAUGUCAAAUCAAAGUUAAUGAGAAAUAGUGCAAAAAUUGUUAGUGAUUAGCUUGCCAAAAACUAUUACCCAAUGCCAAGGUGGGAUUGUGUGUCAUAAAGCUGCAGUACAUCUGUUAAUGCAAGUAAUUUCUAUACUUGUGUUAAAAUCAGUUAUUAUUAUUAUUAUUGGAUUUAUUCUUAGUGGGAUUAUUUAAUAUUCAAUCCUCUUGCAUAACAAACAUUUAGUUGCUGGCUGUUACUAGAUAAAAUUGGUCCCUUGAGAUUGGUUUGUCGCUAGCAGAUUGCAUCUGUCACCUGUACUUUGCAAUGGAAGACACCUACUGGUCUGUAAACACUUGCCAACUGCUUGCAGAGCAGUAGUGAAACUGAAAAGUGUGACACAAAACAGAAAUGGAGAACGUUCACCUUUAAAAUAUUUAUUGAGCUAACCAACACAUUUCCAAAGGCACAACUUAUAUUUUGAAGACAAAUGGUUUUAAUUUCUGGUUUGUGUCACAUUUUUAUAGUUUCAUCACUGCUUGGCGAGUAGAUGGCGAGUGUUUGCAGACAACCCGGCAUCUUCCAUGCAAACUGUGCACAACCAUUACAGUUUCCUUGCAACAAAAGCAAUCACAAGGAUGUUUUUGGUGAUGCACUCUUUACCUCUUUGUGACCGAUUUCACCUUGUGACUGCCUGCAACCAUUUAUCAUUGAGUUGGGCAAUGCACAGUUUUUCCUAGAAACCUGUGGCUUCAAAGGUGUCACCAACAUGUCUCUCAGCUUGUGUAACUGGGGCAUGUCAUGAAAAUGAACUUAGCACAAAUAUUAAGGAAAUUUUUGUUGAUUAUUUCUUUGUUGUAACAGUGCUUCUUGGCAAUAAAUCUUAUACUGCUGAAAAACCUGUUUAUUUCCCCUUAAAUGGUGCUACAAAUGCAUUUGUGAGUUGAGCAGCAGAGUUGAGCAUGUGGGUUGUGCCUGUGAAAAACUUGCCAAAUCUCUCCCAAUGCCAGAGAGCUUAUUCUGCUAUUGGUACCCCAGGUACUGACAAUCAGGCUUGUUAUCACUGUCAUCACAAUGCAGAGAAGAUGAGAUUCUUCAACCAGUGGCAGUCCCAUAUCUCCACAAUCUGGGUCUGAACUCUAUCCUCCAAGAUGACAGUGCUCACCCCCACAGAGCGGGUUUAUCAGAGACUACCUCCAGAUUUUGGACAGGAUGGAACACCCUGCCUGCAGGCUUGACCUCAACCCCACUGAACAAUUGUAGUAUCAGCUUGCAUAUGCUGUUGGUGCCAGAGUGACCAACACAACCACACUGGCUGAAUUGUGAGAAAUGCCAGUUGAAGAAUGGGAUGCCAUUUCACAACAGUGUAUGACCAAGCUGGUCACCAGCAUGAGGAGGGGGUGCCAGGCUGUUGUGGAUGUGUAUGGUUCUUCCACAUGCAACAGAGGCCCCUGUUUGUUAAAUGAGUAAAUUGUUAAAUUGCCAAUAUAACUUGUUUCUUCAGACUUCAGUCAUCCAAGCCAAUAAACAACACCAUAGAAAAGUCAGUAGCAGAAUAAUCUGUUUGGCAUUGGCAGAGAAGAUUUGGCAAGUUUCUCAUGGGCGCAACCCACAUCCUCAACCCUAUGGUAGCUUGUUUCCACCACUAAAAAAAGAAAAAUUCACCAUCCUUAUCUCAAAAUUCUGAGUUAAUAGUGCAAAAUUUUGAGUUAGUUCUGCCAAUCAGAAAGCUCCGUGACAGUACAUCAUUUCCUUGUUAACUGGAAGCAGGAGGCUGAAGGCAUCAGCUGUCCAACAGAUUUACAUGAAAAGAUUGAUGCCUUACCUUUUAUGCAGCUGUUUUUUGCUAUAAGGUAUUUAAAGGUUAAAAAGCUGAUGACAAUUUGUUCAUGUUUGCUAUACACUGCUGAUACUGAUACUGAUACUGAUACUGUAACUACCCGAUUUUAAGUGUGCAUGCGUUGGUGAUUUCUGCUUCCCGGUAACCAGGAACAGAGCUUCCUAAUUGGCAGCGCUAACUUGAAAUUUUGAGUUAUUAACUUAAACUCAAAAUGUUUUUUUAGUGGUGGAAACAAGUUUCCAUACAGCUCUGCUGCUCAACCCACAAAUGCAAUUUCCUUACAGAUGUCAAACCAUUUAAGAGGAAAUAAACUUAUUUAUUGCCAAGUUUAUUAUCCUGAAAUCUUUUAAGAAGAAAGUUUAAAAUAUAUUUUAAAAUUAAAAGACAGAGAGUGCACAAUUAGAUAAAGAGAAGCAUUACAGAUUCCUUGUAUGCGUAGCAUACCUUGGCCAAUAAUAAAGUAAUAAUAAUAAAUAAAGUUUGAUUCUGAUUCUGAUUUUGGACUCUAAAAUAAAAACUGUAAUGUUGUUAAGUCCAACUAAAAACAAAAAAAAAAGCAUUUGAGUUUUUAGAUCAACAUUAAAAUCCAGUCAACUCGGCAAAAGCAUCUGUUUUGUUAAGUCUGGUAUUAGUUAUUUCUGGGUCCAAAUGCGAAGGCACAACUGAGAGUUAAAAACUGUCCAAAUUAUUUCAGCUCCAGUGCUCAGUGUGGCUGUUUUCCCAGGUAUUGUAAUCCGUCCAUCCAUCUAACCAUUUUCUUCCACUGAUUUUAAUAUCCAGGCAUCCAUGAAAAAUAAGGGUUUUUUUUAGAGAUUUUAGCAGAAUUAGAAGAAACAGUCAGUUAGCUAAGUAGGUGCCAUCUAAGGUAAUAUACCAUGUUCUAACUGAAGUGUUUGUAAAGAAAAUUAAUUAUAAACUACAGAACUAGUUGACAUAAUGUUGUGCUAUCUGGUGGCUAGCUUCAGAGCUAUGUCUGGGCAAACAUAGCUCUGUAGGAAAGGAAGGGGUAGGAUGAGGCACAAAUUGUUCUCAUUAAAAGUGUAAACACCAGGAAAUAUAUCUUAAAGCCACUAACACUACUACUGCUACACUAAUUUUAAAAGAAAAACCCGAUGAUGACAGCUAAAUUGUUUUGGGAGCUUGAGUCUUUUUAAAAAUGGAGACUUAGCAGGCAGCUAAUAGCAUUAGCUUGCUGGCUAGUAAAUUUGGUUUUUAACAUAUAGUCUGGCUGCAAAUACAAAGGAUUUGAUUAAUCAAGACUUUUGAUGACAAUAUAAGUGAAAUGUGUUUUUAUUCCUUUGUGCAUCUUACCAAAUUCCUUUUGGACACCUCCAGAAUGAUUAUAAAUAUUUACAAAAUUUUUAUUUUAUUUUUAGAUGAUGAAAUAUGUUUUAGUUGCAUUUUUACCAGCUGACCCCAGACUGUGCAUUAGUUAUGUAAAAUGUAAAUCAAAAACUACACGAUCAGUUUUAAAACAAAAAGUUAGUUACAUUUUUCUUGUUUUCAUGCAUUUUUGAUUCUGUGAUUUCAGCAACGAUAAUCAGCUGUGAUGCUUUAAUUGUUCAUUUCUGUUUUUUUGAAACGUCUUUCUUGUCUCUAAUAUGUUUUUUGUGACUGCUGCAAUGUUUAGAAUAUGACAUUUUCUGAGCAGAAAAUGCACGAGGAGUUUAUAUAUUUGUACCAAAUGCUGAUUGAGUAUUGACACAUUUGUAAGUGAUGCUGUAUCACCUGUGAAAAUUCACAGAUUUUUUUCAGUGUUUCUGUUCAGAAAGUAUCAAUAAAACCUAUGAAGUUAA